GAACCAAAAAAGGAGGAAGGAGCAGGAAGGAGCCGUUAUUGUUGUUGUUAGCUUGUAGUGUCCCGAUUAGGCACUGCCAGCCAGCGCGAUGAACUUCUUCGGUUUGGGCAAGAAGAAGUCGCCCUCUCCGCAGGAGCUGUGGCGGCUCAUCCGUUCCGACCUCGAGAAGCUCGAGAAGCUCGACCCGACUGCGGCCGACAGCAAGCACCAGAUCGACAAGCUCAACAAGGACGCGGCCGAGCGGCUGACGCAGGUGCUGAGCCACCUGCCGCUGGCGACCGACUACGAGGACAAGCAGCUGCCUUCGGACGAGGCGCGUGACGCCAUCGUGAGCAGCAUGCUGAGCGACGACACGCUGGUCAUGAUAGCCCGCGACCUGGGCAAGUACGAGUUCGAGGUGAAGCGGCUGGUGAGCCAGAUAUUCUCCAACCUGAUGACGGCCAAGGAGGAGGAGAGCGGCAAGCGGCCCGCACUCGAGUAUGUCCUCAACCACAAGACGCUCAUCGACCACCUCGUGGCGGGGUACGAGGCCAGCGCCUCCGGCAAGCAGCCCACCACCGUCCCACACGUGGGCGAGAUGCUGCGUGCGUGUGCGGGCUACGACGAGCUGGUGCGGUACGUCUUGGAGACGGGCCACGUGUACCGCCUGAUCGAUGCAGUGAAGCUGCAGAACUUCGACGUGGCCAGCGACGCCUUUGUGUCGCUGCGUGAGUUCCUGGUCAAGAAGAAGAACGCGUCGGCCGAGUUCAUCCAGGACCACUUCGACGAGUUCUUCGACAAGUACUGGGAGAUACUCAACACGUCCAACUACGUCACGGUGCGGCAGAGCCUCAAGGUCCUCAGCGAGCUGCUCCUCGACCGCACCUUCCUCAGGCCGAUGCUCAAGUACGUCAAGAACGAAAAGUUCCUCAUGCUCCACAUGGACCAACUCAGGUGCCUGGGGAGGGGAGCGGGCAACACACACAACACACGGGCGCGGCGCAUGGGUGUCAGUCAUCCUUUGCUGUGCUGUGCUGUGUUGGUCGUGGUGGUGUCUUAUGUGUAGGAAUGAGAGCAAGGCGAUAGCGUUUGAGGCGUUUCACUUGUUCAAGAUCUUCGUGGCCAACCCGCAGAAGCCCCCGAGGGUCCACAAGAUACUCUACGCCAACAGAGACCGCAUCAUCAGAUUCCUCAACCAAUUCCUCGUCGACAGGUACGUCACAGACACAUCACGCCCCACACCCACACAACGGCUCUCAAUCCAUCGCAUGGCCCCAUUGUUCUCCAGGGAGGAGGAACAGUUUGUGGCCGACAAGCAGACGAUUCUGCAGAAGCUGGAGCAGCUGCCCCCGCCCCCCGACUCCCCCACACAGACCCAGGCCGCACCCGCCACACAGCAGCCACAGCCACAGGCAGAGGCUGAGGGCGCGAGUGGGGAGCCCACAGCGCCACAGCAGCAGCAGCAGCAGCCGGAGGGCCACGAGAGGCCUGAGGAGCAGCCACCAGCAGCAGCAGCAGCGUCAGCGUCAAGUGAUGCGCCCCAAGAAGCGCCAGCAGCAGCGGCAGAGGCGGCCGUUGCGGGCAGCGGCGAGGCAGCACCCGAAACGGAGACUGGGGGAGGGUCCUAGCAAGUGUGUUACCCGCGGGGCUGUCUGGUCGAUCCGUAGCUUCCCCUCGUCGGUGUUGGUCGGGCUACUUCCGAGUGUCUGCGUCUCUGUCGGAGUGUGUGUGUGUGUGUGUGGUUGGUGGGAUGGGUUUUGACGGCGGUUGGUCGGGUGAGCUGUGUAGCGGUGGAUGGCCUGCCUGCCUGCCUGCCUGUUUAAGGGGAUCAGGGGAGAAGCAGCCGCUGGCACUGCUCAGAUUCUUGAUUGCUUUGUUUGUCAGUCCACCCAUCCAUGCAUCCAUCCAUCCGUCCAUCCGUCCACGAGAAACACCGUCACGCGUUGGUUGGUUUUUGUCCAUCUUGGGGUAGGUUAGUUGCCUUUUGUUGCCUUCUGUUAGUGGUCGUCUGCGUGUAGACGAGUGUGUGCACUUGCCCGCGCCUUCACACCAACGAGAAAACACUCCGUGCCUAAACAAACAGCAUGGAACGGUUUCUUGUUCGUGUGGCGACGGCCAAGUGCACAUACUCAUCCACGAGGACAGAUGGAGAGCUCUGCUUUUCCUCUGGUGACUGAUUGACGGGGGCAGCCGUCUGUGUGGCCAGGGGCCCUUUGGGUGGGAUUCCUUGAUCUAUCCUGUACAGUCAUCGAUCAGACAGACAGAGAUUUCGUCUCGUGGGGUUUGCGUCUCCCUUGUCUGAGAUUCCUUUCUGUCGGCCUGCGUAGCAUUGUGACGGCCGGUGUAUCGCCUGUGCGUGACACAGCUGCGCGCCGUCGACGGGAAAGGCCCUCAGACAAGGGGUUUCAAACAGGGGCUGUCCAUUGGGUGUUUGCGGUGCAUGCCGCUCUCUGCUUGUGUACAUGGCGAUCGCUAUGCUGCUACGCUCUGUCUUGUCUGUCUCAUUAUUCCGAGUUUUGGUCUCUCCUCUGUUCCUUCCCCUCUCUCUCUGGUCUGCCUGGACCAUCCAUCCAUCUGUAAAUACCUCACUCACUCACAACUUCUUGACUCAUCAACUUCCCUUCCUCUGUCUCUGCAGACUCGCCUCGCCUCGCCCUCUGUCUAGCUGGCUGGCCAUGGGUGCAUCUGUCUGUCUGUUUUUGCUCCAUCCGUCAAUAAUGAAUGACGCUCACUCGAUGCCAUUAACACAUACGAUGCCGUGUGUGUAUGUGUGUAUGAUGCGUGUUGACUUGAAUUGCAUGGCAUGGAUCCCUCCCUCCCUCCAUCCCUCUCUCCCUCCGUG